AUGGAAAUGGUAUCUGAGUCAGGCGGUGGCUAUACAUUCUUCUGGAGUGGCCGCAGCAGUGAUGAGCGUCGUGAAUCUGGAGUUGGCUUCGCCAUCAAGAAUCAUCUUGUUUGGAAACUUGCCAGUUUCCCCAAGGGUAUGAAUGACCGGCUCAUGACAAUGCAGCUUCCGCUUCAAAAAGGAAAACAAGCUACUUUGAUCAGCGUAUAUGCUCCUACAAAGACCAACCCAGAGGAUGUGAAGGAUAAAUUCUACGAAGAACUAGAUACUCUGCUAUCGUCAGUGCACCGCACAGACAAGCUGAUUCUGCUUGGCGAUUUUAACGCAAGAGUCGGAUGUGAUGCCGCAGUCUGGGAAGGAGUCAUCGGGAAAAAUAGAGUGGGAAAGUGUAACAGCAAUGGCCUGUUGCUGCUGAAAACUUGUGCAGCACAUGACCUUCUGAUCAGCAAUACGGUCUUCCGCCUUCCUACCCGUAACAGGACUUUGUGGAUGCAUCCCCAUUCCAAGCACUGGCAUUUGAUCGAUUAUGUCAUCAUCAGCAGAAGGGACAGACAAGAUGUCAGGGUUACAAAAGCUAUGUGUGGUGCUGAUUGUUGGACAGAUCAUAGGCUCAUAGUAUCCAAAAUGAAGCUCCGUAUCAUGCCAAAGAGAUGGAUGACGCUGAGAGACUGGGAGCGAUUCCACAACACUGUUCAUACAGCUGCAUCGAAGGUAUUGGGGCCCUCCAGAUGCAGGCGGCAAGACUGGUUUGAUGAAAAUGAUGCAGAAAUCCAAGUCUUACUUGCUGAGAAGCACUGCCUGCAUCGUGCAUAUCAAAAUGAUCCAUCCUCAGUGGCAAAGAAGACCGCCUUUAUCAACGCUCGCAGAACAGUACAGAACCGACUGAGCACAAUGCGGGACUUGUGGCUGAGCACCAAAGCAGAUGAAAUACAGGCAUAUGCGGACAGGAACGACUAUAAGCAGUUUUAUGAAGCCCUCAACACACUCUAUGGUCCACAGUCUUCUGGGAGUUUUCCUCUCCUGAACUCUGAUGUCUAUAAGAGGAAGGGCAAUCGCCAGGUAUGCGACAAUCACCGUGGAAUCUCGCUGCUUUCUACAGUGGGGAAAGUUCUUGCACGGGUUCUGUUGAACCGAUUGAUCACUCACCUGGAGAAGGGCUUACUGCCAGAAUCACAGUGUGGCUUCUGCAAGGGACAUGGUACUAUUGACAUGAUCUUCGCUGUGCGUCAGCUACAGGAGAAAUGUCAAGAGCAGAAUCGUGAACUCUACCCAACUUUUGUGGACUUCAUGAAAGCAUUUAACUCUGUCAGUCGCCAGGGCCUGUGGAGGAUCAUGUCGAAAUUUGGCUGUCCAGACAGAUUUAUACGAAUGGUACGUCAAUUUCAUCACGGUAUGAUGGCUUGUGUCCUGGAUGACGGUGAAACAUCUGAGGCCUUCCUAGUCACCACGGUGUCAAGCAAGGGUAUGUUCAGCAUGAUAUUCUCUGCCACUUUGACUGAUGCCCUUCAACACUGCACUGAAGGAGUAGGCCUGAAGUAUAGAACUGACGGGAAACUAUUCAAUCUGAGGCGACUGCAUGCUAUCACCAAGGUGAAGGAAACUGUACUUCAAGACUUUUUCUUUGCCGAUGAUUGUGCUCUGAAUGCUAGUACAGAGCCAGAAAUGCAAGCCACUAUGGACAAGUUUUCAACAUCAUGCAAUAACUUCGCAAGAUUUCGGAGUUAA